AAGCUGGUAAAAUGGGCUGUAAAUCGCUCGCCGUUGGAUUACAAGUGCAGAAUCGCGUCGCCGAGUGUGCCCGUGAAUAAUUUGCAAUGGAAUAAAGUCGCGAAAUUGUAAAAUUUUAGCAGCGAAAAGCCAGAGAACCCAGGCAAAGGCAAAGGCAAACGCGAAGGCGAAGGCGAGGGCGAAGGCAACCAACGUCAGCGGGCGAGAGCGGGCGUUGCUAAAUAAUUUCUCCGGGGCGCUCCGCUGGACAAAAAGUGAUUUUCGUUGGCGUGCGCGUAUAAAUAAAUAGCUGAAAAAGGCAGAGAAAAUAUCAGGCACAGAUAUCAGCCAGAGAAAAUAAAAUCGGAGAAAAAUCAGCGAAUAGAAAGCGUAUACCGCCUGCAAUUGUGCCUGCGUGAGUGUAAGUGUGUGUGUGUGUGUGUGAGUGAUGUGUGUUUGUGUUCGCAGCAAAAAACAUAAGGUGCAAAAUGUUUACCAAAAAAUCGCAUGCCGACGUGAAAAAAUCCACGGCCAAGUUGCAGGACUGCAAAAAGGAUUCCGCCUCACGAUUGCGACACCUACGCAUGAUAUUGGAUAAUGUGGAGCUAGAAGAGUCGAAAUCAUUGUUCGAGACCAACUACAGCCAUGUGUAUUUUAUACUGUACGACACCUUUAUUCAAGCCGAGGCUAAUUUAAAACAAAAAGAACUUCCGUUUCACAUUGUUCACAAGGCGCAUCGCGAGGAGUUGGACGGUUCACUAUGGCUGCUGGACAAGAUUCUGUGCCUACUGCCGGAGUUGUUGGCUCGCCGGUGGCAAUGUCACUCCCUGAGUCGCAUCAUGGCCAAGCUGCUGCACCUGGGCAACUCCCCCAAGCUGAGACGAGAAGGCGUCAGAUAUUUCCUGCUUUGGUACCAGACGCUGGGCGAGAAUGCCCCAGGCUAUGUGCAUGCCAUGUACGCGGACCUCAUCCCUGGCCUCAUUGUGCCUCAGAAGGGUGUCGUUGGUCCGGAUACGGAAUUCAGUGCCUCGGACUUUCUCACGCAUCCAAACAUGAAGGCCGAUGGUGGCAUGGCCUCCGUUUUCCACGACAACGCAUUCUCGCAUCCCGUGCAGAGUUCGGAGGUAGUGGCCCUGCUGCCACCGUCAUCCAGCGAGAAGUCAGCGCCACCGGAUCCCCGCGAUGGUCUCGAGGUUCUUCUAAACAGCAUGGUGCAAACGGCUGCCUGUUUGCGAUGGCGGGAUAAUCGCGCCCAAAAGGAUCACCGGGCGUUUGCCUUCCUGCUGCAGCGCUUCAUGGACGUCUUUCUGCCCGUCUUCUCGCCCAGCUUCGAUGUGAGCUGCUCCAUCUACAAUCCGCGCCUGGAUCUGCCCGUCAUGCGAUCGAUUAACAAGAAGGAGGAGGUGAUGGCCUCGUGCGUGGUGGUCCUGAUCAACUGGGUGUCGCGGUUCACGCACGAGCGUUUGUUGAGCCAUCGCUUGGACUGUACGCUGCACAUCGAGGACGUGGACCAUGUGCGUCUGCAGGGCUACCAGCAGGGUCUUAUCGUGCGGGAUGUGUUCUAUGUCAGUCGCGAAAACAUCAACUUUGUCCACGAGGUAUAUCGCCAGGCCUUUCUGCUGAACUUUACAUCCAAGCCGCAGAUAGAAGCAAUUCGCACGGCCAUCGCUGUGUACCGGGAUUGGAUGACGGGAGAGACGCCUCCACCUUUUCUGCUGGAACCAAAUGACGAUCCGCCGCCUGUCUCGACAGCGGGUGGAACACCCCGGAGUCAGCGGCUGCGCACGCCCUCAUACGUUGGUGCCAUCGCCGGCUCCAAGGAUCAACUGGCCGUGAGGGCUGGCAGGCAAAAUGUACUGCAGGUGUUUGUUACCAAUGCGGCCAACGUGUUCCUGGUGAACACGGCCAACCUGAACAUCUGCUUCCCCACCCGUUCGCGAACUUAUCGCUCCACGCCGCUGGAGGAGCAGACGGAGAUCUGCAAAAAGGUUCUGAAUGUGUACCGCACCAUGGUGAUGAACACGGAGAUGGACUCGCGCACCUGGGAGCAACUGCUGGUGGUGCUGCUGCAGGUCACCUCAGUUGUGUUGCAUCAAAAUCACCAUUCAAUGCCGAGCGGUGCCUCGAAGAGUGCCACCUUGGGUGGAAUCCUGGGGUCGGCUAUAUUCCAGACCCUUAUUGUCACUUGGAUACGAGCACACACGAAAGUGCCCGUGAAUGUGCAGCUGUGGGAGAAGUUCCUAAAUGUCCUGCAGUCCCUAACGCACCGCGAGGAGCUCAUCGUGGAGUGGAACAAGACGAUUCAAACACUGACGCGUGUCUUUUCGCGUUACACCUAUGGCAUAAGCUUGCUCGAUCUGCCCCUGGAUCGAGUGGCGGAGAGUCGGGCGGAGAAGCGUCGUCGCAUUGGCAGCGUCUGGCAGGGAUCGGGAUCGGGCAGCACGGCCAAUGGAGGCAAUGCUGCAUCUGCAGCCAUUAGCCAAAGCAGACAGCGCGAAUCUCUGGCCGAAUCGAGUAGCAGCCGCUCGGAGGAGACCUCGUCGCAGGUGCAACUUCCCAACCAUCCAAGGCCCCACCACCAGCACACACAAUCGCAAGGAGGCACUGGCCAGGGAUCGCGACCAGUGCCGCUGACGCCCAUGCUGAGUAGGAGCUACAGCGAAGGAAGCUUGGCCUCGGCGGCCAGAAGCUCGAGGAUACGACGCCGCCGGGCGGCCACUCCCAAACCCAAGGCGCUGCAACAGCCGCAGCUGGGCGAGAAUCGUUGCAAUCCACAGGACCUGAGGCGAGCCAUGUCCCUCGAUUCGCUGGCGAGGAAGGGUGAGGCGGAGGAGACGGACAGCUACCAGGAGGGUGACAACGAGAGCGGAGCAGGUUCCAGGAGUCCUUCACCCACCGCCAGCAGUGGCAUCGAAGGUGGAUCCAUCAAGGAUGCCCAACUGCAGAUCGAUGCCAGCUUGGAUGAUGCAAAUUCUGGCAGCUACGGGAGUGGCAGCAACUCGGGCAGCGUAUCCGGACGACGGUGCAUCAUCCUAGGAGGCUCCGCGGAGGGUUGGCAUCCCGACUCCACCUCCAUUAUGUGGAAGCGCAUGCUGGGUGCUUUGGGCGAUGUUAACCGCAUCCCCAAAGCGGAUCUGCACGCCCAGGUCUUCAUGCAUCUGCUGGAGAUGACGCAAAACCUGAUUAAGAUCAAGCAGAACCAAGGCAUAUCCACGGAUAAUCAGAGCACUCCCCCACUGCCGACUUUGGUGCCACCGAUUGGAAUUGUGGCGCCCUGGUGCUAUGGCUCUCUCUCGUUGGAUCGUUCCUUCAAGAAGGGCAAACUCUGGGCCCUGCAAUUGCUCUGCUCGCUUGCGAUUCAGGGAGCUGUCGGCAUGCAGCAGUUGGCCUUGUUUUAUCAUGCUCUGCAUCAGCUGCUGACCGGCGAGGAUCGUGAUUUGAUUUAUGCAAUUCUAAAGCACUUGGAGGGACCCAGGUUGCUGAGUUUGCUUCUGCCGGGACACACUUUGCUGCUGCUGGAUUUGGUGCAUGCCAGUGCUAUAUUGCUGACUUCCCUGGAGGUUUCGAGGAGCACACCAAGGGCCGAGGUGGCCGCUCUCCUCGGCUCCCUGCUCUGCUAUCCAUCCUCGCUGCUGCCACGCCCCGUUCUGCAGCCCUCGCCACAAAAGUUCGAGCUCAUGGAGUGCCCGGAUCUGCAGGAUCACAUACUGAACAUUGUGCUGAGAUGCGCCAGGCGGGAGCCUUCGGCCAAGGCGCGAUGCAUUGCCCUUUCCCAACUGGGCCAGUGGCUGCUCAUGCGCCUUUCGCAACCAUUGUCGGUUUCCUCGACUUCCGGCCGGAGCAACCUCUUUCAGCAGGCGGUGCCGCAUCACAAGGACGUCCAUCCCAAGGAGACGCAGGUCUACAAUCCGCGCAUCAAGGAGGUGCUCCAGGUGUUGCUCCAGGCGCUGCAGUUCAAACAUCACACCAUCGCCAUGGUGGCUGUGGAUUCGUUAAAACUGUGUGCCGAGCGUGGACGCCAACUGGCAGCGAUUGAAAGGGUUCCGCAGCUCAUCAUAAUAGCCAUCUGCAAGGCCUUGGAAAUUCAGAAUGUGUCCAAGCCCAGGGAUUCGGACAAGGUGGUGCUCACUUCGCUGAUGUUGUGCCUGGGUGAAUUCUGCAUGUCCAUUCCUGCCCCCAUAAUGCUGGCACCCUUCAACGAACAAGGUGAUACGCUGGUGCUCCAAGUGCUGAGGGUGCUCCUUCAAGUUGCCUCUGGAGCUCCGCGUCAUGAGAGGGUGAAACUGACGGCCGACGAUGAUUUCGAUAUGCACAUUCCACACGACGAUCUUCAAGGCGAUGGACGGCUUCCGGAAGCAACCUACCAGACGUCCGAGACCAUCCAAAAGUGCAUCACAGCCAUCAAGUUGUGUGCCAAGGCGGUGUCCAUGCAUCUGGUCACCCACAUCGGUCACUUUCCCAUGGGAAUUGGGGCAUCUCGCCUGAGUUCCAUGGUGGAGGAGCAGGAUGAUAUCGGUAGUGCUGCCUACGGAGGUCAGGUGGAGACGAGACGCGACUCUGUGGAACUUCCUUCUGUGGUGAAUGCCCAGAAUAUGCAGCUCUUCAUGCUCAACUCCGGUCUGGUGGCCAGUUUCAUAGAGCUGCCCACGCUGAAACUUCCUGGUGGAGGAAUCACAGCCGGCCUGGUGACAGCGGAGAAGCAAGUUAGGGUCCUAAUGCGGGAUCUCAACGGCAAGGCCUGCUGGGAUGCCUCCAUCUUGUAUUCGGAACCGCGGAAGGCGGAGGAGGCCACUCCAAAAACCACACCAAAGAUACAUCACAACCAGCCGCUGGAUUCCAUGGUGUGCUCCAUGGUGGCACACGAGUUGCAGGCACCGCGUCACACCUUGCGACACCGUCCGGCUGGUGUGCUGCCACUGGCCAAGGACAUGGCCCCGGAUCUGGAUCAGCUGGACGAUAUGCUGGCCUACAUAGGGCAUACCAGCCCAGAGUGCGUUGCACCCACUGUGAGCCAGCUGAAUGCUCCGAGCAGCAGUCCUCUGAGCGGCAAUCAGGAGGCGCAGGCCAUUUCGGUGAUACUUAAUCAACGCCUGCUCGAGCAGGAGUUCGUGACUCACUCGGCGCAGGCUCCUUCGCCGGCGUUGCGACAUGCCAGCUCCAGUUCCUCGCUGCAGCAACAGGAUCAGAGGUCACUCCAUUCCGCCACAGCAUCCUUUGAUUCGCUGCCCACCCGCACCGAGAUGCCGUUCCAGUAUUGCCGGCUGCUCUUCUCGCAUUUGGGACUAGCCGGCUGGGAGCGACGGUCCAGGACGCAUUUGCUUCAGAGGAGCGAGAAACUCAUGAGGGAGCUUCGAAACGUAGACCUGCAGAAAUGCCGGGAAACCCACAAGAUGGCCGUGAUUUAUGUGGCCGCCGGGCAGGAAGACAAGGGCAGCAUUCUAAGGAAUACGAGCGGCAGCAGUACCUACGAGAUGUUCGUGUCCGCCUUGGGCUGGGAGAUCGAUCUGGAGACGCACAACGGCUUCCUGGGCGGACUACCCCGUCAAGGAUGCGGAGCCACAGCUCCCUAUUAUGCUACGCCCUUCCUGGAGGUGGUCUACCAUGUGGCCACCAGAAUGCCGUCGGACUCCUCGGAGGCCAUGCUGCUAAAGACGCGCCAUCUGGGCAACGACGAGGUGCACAUCGUGUGGAGCGAACACCAUCGCGAUUACAGACGCGACAUUUUGCCCACCGAGUUUUGCGAUGUUCUGAUCGUGGUUUACCCCCUGCGAAAUGGCCUGUUCCGGGUGACUGUCAACCGGAAGCCGGAGGUUCCGUGGUUCGGACCGCUGGCCAACGAGAGCGUGGUGAGUGGUGCCUGCCUGGCCACCCUGAUCCGGGCCACCGCCAUCAAUGCCAGUCGAACGAAAAGAGCCGCCCUGCCGCUCUACCAACAGUUCUACGAGGAGCGCAAUCGGUCGCUGGAUAGCGUAUCAUCACGGUACAAGGAAAGCACAACCUUCGAGGACUUCGCCAGCCGCAUCUACAAUCCAAUGCCGCUGUCCACGCUCAGCACUCUUCGGGAAUCGAAUGCCAGCAGUUCGGCAGCGCCUCUAGCCUCAGCUUUGCUCGAUCACAAUCGCGCCUCCGUCAAAGGUUGGGUACAAGCCUCCAUCGACUCAGGCCCCGUAAUGGGAAUUGUGCCGUCGGCCUCCGCUGGAUCCACGGCAGCCAUGGAGGCGGCCGCUGGAAUGACCUCCGCCUCGCCGCGUGGCCCCCGAAAACUGGGUGCUCCAUUCAAGAGCGUGACCAAGAAGCACUCCCUGCAGCAAAUCGUCGUUGGAGGCGGCGGAGGAGCAGGAGGAGGAGAUACGCCGCCCGAGAGUCCGACAUUGCCACAGCGCCGCUUCAAAUAAUACUUGUCCCUUUCAUCCAAUUCCCGGCACUAUCUGCACCCAUUCCCUCCCCCACCAAUCGGGCCGAGUUGCAAGCCAGGCCCGAAUUUAUGCAGAGAGUUCUAAUGCAAACGAAAAGUAUUGCGAACACGUUUCCUCCUAUAUAAGAUAUUGUAAUUUAUUUCGGUUUCCAGCUUAGUCCAACUAACCCGUUAAUUUGCUACUACGCCUAAGCGAACGCUACUCUCUAAUCCUUUCCAAUUCCAAGAUAACACUGUGUUGUAAUGCUUUGCGAAUUUUACUUAGUUACAAUGAAUUUUUACGUAUUUAUUGAUGAAAGCGCUCGCUUGCGAGGCGGCUAUAUUUUGCGUCCACUCAAACUCAUUAAUUUGAAAUUAUGUUAUCUAUGCACUCAACUAUGUUAAUGAAUUCAAUGUAAUGUAAGUUUAUUUAGUUAAUGAGCUUUAAGCAUUCGAGUGAAAAAUUAUUUUCAAAUAGCUGAACAAUUGCUUUUUUCGCAUUUACUCAGUUUUGAUAACUGUGCUGCGCUUUUAUCUGUUAUUCAAUAUUAUUUUUAUUAUUUCUAUAUAUUUAUGUCAAAUUUUACGCUUGGCAACGAGAUGCAAAUUCAAAGAAUUCGAAAAUCGUUUUAAGCGUCACGCACAAAAUGCAAGAAUAAUCAAAAUUCGAACAUAGAAACUCUGCCCAUUUAAAGCAAACGUCAACUACUAGUAUUAUGUAAUCGAGCUAUAUGUAUAGGUAGCCUAGUUUUAAGUGUUCUCCACUUUUCAAUCCCCUAUCAACUGUCGAUGGCAAUCGUCACUUGGAGUGUGAGUCUUAGAAAGGAAAACAAAACAUCAAAGUAACUAAAAUUGUUCAAACAAUCGCCUUUUUUUUGUGUGUAGAAAUGAAAUUGUUACAAGAUGAUUUAUUAACCAGUAUAGGGACGUUCUUCAUUUGUAUUUCACUGCGAAUUGUUUCAUCGAAUUGAUCAAAUUGAUAGAUUUAUAUUUAUAUAUAUUUACACCAAGAUAUGUUAAUUUUGUAUUUAUGUAAAACGGGCAACUAAAAGUUAAUUGCAAUGCCUUUUUGUUGCACAAAUGUUUUAUGAAAUCUGUAGUCUAAUUAACACAAUUAACCUUAAGCGAGUAAACAUUUUUGUAUAAAAAAAAGAAAACAAAACAAAUAAACCGAAAAGCAAAUUAAAGCUAUGUGAAAUUUGUAACUAACACCAAGUAACGGAAUAUAUACAACGUACAUUUACAUCUAAGAUCUAAUAUGUAUAUUAAUUUACUAAUUUAUUUGAGAAACAAUCGAGUAUUUUUCGUAUAAUAAAUAUCGUGAAUUUCAAA